UUGUGUGUCAGCUGAUUUACUGCAGCGGCGGCGGUGGCAGCGGCGGCAACGGCACCUUGCAGCCUCGGUGGGGAGACGCCGGCUGGGCUUCGGUUGCGGUCCCCAAGGUUUGCCUACCCUGAUUUGAGCACCCCACAUCCUCCCCACCGAACGUUCUCGCCUCGCCCACCUUUGCUGGGGCGCCCGCGGGUGGUGGGACCGACAACAUCGCGGCAUGAGAUGAAGCUGUGACAGGUUGGAAAACACAAUGGCAGGAAACAGUCUGGUCCUCCCCAUUGUUCUUUGGGGGCGCAAAGCACCAACACAUUGCAUCUCAGCGGUGCUUCUAACAGACGACGGGACCACAAUUGUAACUGGAUGCCACGAUGGACAAAUAUGUCUCUGGGAUCUCUCGGUAGAAUUGGAAGUCAAUCCUCGAGCCCUGUUGUUUGGUCACACAGCCUCGGUCACCUGCUUGUCUAAGGCUUGUGCCUCUAGUGACAAACAGUAUAUUGUGAGUGCAUCUGAAAGUGGAGAGAUGUGUCUUUGGGAUGUGAAUGAUGGCAGAUGUAUUGAAUUUACAAAAUUAGCCUGCACACAUACAGGCAUCCAGUUCUACCAGUUUUCUGUUGGAAAUCAGAAAGAAGGAAGGCUUUUGUGCCAUGGGCACUACCCUGAAAUCCUCGUUGUGGAUGCCACCAGCCUGGAGGUGUUAUACUCCUUAGUAUCAAAGAUCUCUCCAGACUGGAUUAGCUCCAUGAGUAUUAUUCGAUCCCACCGAACACAAGAGGACACUGUGGUAGCCCUCUCUGUGACGGGCAUCUUGAAGGUGUGGAUUGUCACCUCUGAAAUAAGUGGCCUGCCGGAUACUGAGCCAAUAUUUGAGGAGGAAUCCAAACCAAUUUAUUGUCAGAAUUGCCAAAGCAUUUCUUUUUGUGCAUUCACACAAAGGUCACUUCUGGUUGUGUGCUCCAGAUAUUGGAGGGUAUUUGAUGCUGGAGAUUAUUCCUUGCUGUGUUCAGGUCCUAGUGAAAAUGGACAGACGUGGACUGGAGGGGACUUUGUAUCGGCAGAUAAAGUGAUCAUCUGGACCGAAAACGGACAGAGUUAUAUUUACAGGCUGCCUGCCAGUUGCCUUCCAGCCAGUGAUUCAUUCCGCAGUGACGUGGGGAAAGCAGUUGAAAAUUUAAUUCCUCCUGUACAACAUAGCCUCUUGGAUCGAAAAGAUAAAGAGUUGCUAAUUUGUCCUCCUGUGACUCGGUUCUUCUAUGGAUGCAGGGAACACCUCCAUAAACUAUUAAUUCAGGGCGAUUCUUCAGGAAGACUGAAUAUUUGGAAUGUGUCAGACACACCUGAUAAACAGGAAGAGCUGAAAAUGACCACUUCUAUUAGUCUGCAAGAAGCCUUUGAUAAACUGAAUCCUUGUCCUGCUGGAAUCAUAGAUCAGCUGAGCGUGAUCCCCAGCAGUAGUGAGCCCCUCAAAGUCACCGCAAGCGUGUACAUACCGGCGCACGGUCGCCUCGUUUGCGGCCGCGAGGACGGAAGCAUCGUCAUCGUGCCCGCCACCCAGACGGCCAUCGUGCAGCUGCUGCAAGGGGAGCACAUGCUCCGCAGAGGUUGGCCACCUCACAGAACACUCCGUGGUCAUCGGAACAAAGUCACAUGUUUGCUAUAUCCUCAUCAGGUCUCAGCUCGUUAUGAUCAAAGAUACCUGAUAUCUGGAGGUGUGGAUUUUUCGGUCAUAAUUUGGGACAUAUUUUCUGGAGAAAUGAAGCACAUCUUCUGUGUGCAUGGUGGCGAGAUUACUCAGCUUCUGGUUCCGCCUGAAAACUGUAGCGCAAGAGUGCAGCACUGUAUCUGCUCCGUGGCCAGUGACCACUCCGUCGGACUCCUAAGUCUGCGGGAGAAGAAAUGCAUCAUGCUGGCAUCCCGUCACCUCUUCCCUGUCCAGGUCAUCAAGUGGAGGCCCUCUGACGAUUACCUGGUAGUGGGAUGCUCAGACGGCUCUGUGUACGUCUGGCAAAUGGACACUGGCGCGUUGGAUCGCUGUGUGAUGGGGAUAACGGCCGUAGAGAUCCUGAAUGCCUGUGAUGAGACCAUUCCUGCUGCCGCCGACUCACUUAGCCACCCAGCCAUCAACCUAAAACAGGCUAUGACCCGGCGUAGUCUCGCUGCUCUUAAGAACAUGGCCCAUCACAAGCUGCAGACCCUUGCGACUAACCUCUUGGCGUCCGAGGCAUCUGACAAAGGAAAUUUACCUAAAUAUUCUCAUAACUCCCUGAUGGUUCAAGCAAUAAAGACAAACCUAACAGACCCGGACAUACACGUGCUUUUCUUUGAUGUGGAAGCGCUGAUUAUUCAACUCUUGACUGAAGAAGCCUCUAGGCCGAAUACCGCGCUUAUUUCCCCAGAGAAUUUGCAAAAAGCAUCUGGCAGCUCAGACAAAGGGGGCUCUUUUCUAACUGGAAAACGAGCAGCAGUUCUCUUCCAACAAGUGAAAGAAACUAUCAAAGAGAACAUAAAGGAGCAUCUCCUCGAUGAUGAAGAUGAGGAUGAGGAGAUGAUGAGGCAGAGGAGGGAAGAAAGCGAUCCAGAAUAUCGGGCCAGCAAAUCCAAGCCAUUGACCCUGUUAGAAUAUAAUUUGACGAUGGACACUGCAAAAUUGUUCAUGUCCUGUCUUCACGCCUGGGGUUUAAACGAAGUUCUGGAUGAAGUCUGUCUCGAUCGUCUUGGAAUGCUGAAACCCCAUUGCACAGUCUCUUUUGGUCUCCUGUCGCGAGGGGGUCAUAUGUCACUGAUGCUUCCUGGUUAUAAUCAGCCUGCUUGUAAACUAUCACAUGGGAAAGUGGAAGCGGGAAGGAAGCUGCCAGCAACCGAGGGCGCAGGAAAGGGAACCUACGGAGUGUCCCGAGCCGUCACCACGCAGCAUCUCCUGUCUAUCAUAUCUUUGGCAAACACGUUAAUGAGUAUGACCAACGCAACUUUUAUUGGUGAUCAUAUGAAGAAGGGUCCUACCAGGCCACCUCGACCAAGCACCCCAGACCUUUCUAAGGCAAGGGGUUCCCCUCCAACUUCCAGUAAUAUUGUGCAAGGACAGAUUAAACAAGUUCCUGCUCCUGUCAUUUCUGCUCGGUCUGAUGCUGAUCACUCUGGCUCUGACCCUGCUUCUACUCCUGCUUUACAUUCCUGUUUCUUAGUAAAUGAAGGAUGGAGUCAGUUGGCUGCUAUGCAUUGUGUUAUGCUGCCGGACCUGCUGGGCUUGGAGAAGUUUCGGCCUCCACUUCUAGAAAUGCUGGCUCGGAGAUGGCAAGAUCGAUGCUUGGAGGUCAGAGAGGCCGCGCAGGCCCUGCUUCUAGCCGAACUGAGAAGAAUUGAGCAAGCGGGACGGAAGGAAGCCAUCGAUGCCUGGGCCCCAUACUUACCUCAGUACAUGGACCACGUCAUAUCGCCUGGAGUCUCAGCAGAAGCCAUGCAGACUGUCGGCACCGCUCCUGAUGCUUUGGGGCCGGAAGCCAAAGUCCAGGAGGAAGAGCACGACCUUGCCGAUGAUGACAUCACGACUGGUUGCUUAUCAAGCAUCCCACAAAUGAAAAAGAUUUCCACAUCUUAUGAGGAAAGACGGAAGCAAGCUACUGCUAUUGUUUUACUGGGAGUCAUAGGAGCUGAAUUUGGUGCUGAAAUUGAACCUCCCAAACUGUUGACCAGACCACGAAGCUCGAGUCAAAUUCCGGAGGGAUUUGGCUUGACUAGUGGUGGAUCCAACUACUCACUGGCCAGACACACUUGUAAGGCCCUGACAUUUCUGCUGCUGCAGCCCCCAGGCCCCAAACUGCCUCCACACAGCACGAUCCGAAGGACGGCCAUUGAUCUGAUUGGACGCGGUUUCACAGUCUGGGAGCCUUACAUGGACGUGUCUGCAGUCCUCAUGGGGCUUCUCGAACUUUGUGCUGAUGCCGAGAAGCAGCUCGCCAACAUCACAAUGGGGCUGCCUCUUAGCCCGGCAGCUGACUCCGCCCGCUCUGCGAGGCACGCCCUCUCACUCAUCGCCACGGCCAGACCACCCGCCUUCAUCACAACCAUCGCCAAAGAGGUGCACAGACACACAGCUCUGGCCGCGAAUACCCAGUCACAGCAGAGCGUGCACACGACGGCUCUUGCACGAGCCAAAGGGGAAGUGCUGAGAGUCAUCGAGAUUCUUAUUGAAAAGAUGCCCACAGACGUGGUGGAUCUUCUCGUAGAGGUCAUGGACAUCAUUAUGUACUGCUUGGAAGGAUCUUUAGUUAAAAAGAAAGGCCUUCAGGAAUGUUUCCCAGCCAUCUGCAGGUUCUACAUGGUCAGCUAUUAUGAGCGGAAUCACAGAAUAGCCGUUGGAGCUCGCCAUGGUUCAGUGGCCCUGUACGACAUCCGGACUGGAAAAUGUCAGACGAUCCAUGGACACAAGGGACCAAUCACAGCAGUGGCCUUUGCUCCUGAUGGACGGUAUCUUGCCACCUACUCGAAUACGGACAGCCACAUUUCCUUCUGGCAGAUGAACACGUCGCUGCUGGGAAGCAUCGGCAUGCUGAACUCGGCCCCUCAGCUGCGCUGCAUCAAAACCUACCAGGUGCCGCCCGUGCAGCCCGCCUCGCCCGGCUCGCACAACGCCCUCCGCCUGGCCCGCCUCAUCUGGACGUCCAACCGCAACGUCAUCCUGAUGGCCCACGACGGGAAGGAGCACCGCUUCAUGGUCUAACGCUGGGUCCGCUGUCCUGACUGCAUCCGAGGCCCCGUCCGCUCUGGAAGCCGAGACUCCUCUGUCCUUACUCACCCGGAUCGUUCCUCAGUGCCUGCCCAGGCCAGUGUCACCCGGGGGGCACGGCUAAGGCGGUGUCGCUUCCGCAUGGUCCUCGGGGGCAGACCCCCACCUGUGUCCCCUAUGAUUCAGAGGCAUGCACACCCCACCUUGCAGGAGUGGCCUUCGUGGGGACACUAGGCCAUUUUCCUUCCCGGGGUCGGGGCGG